CGAAACCUAAUUCGAUCAUUUUUAAAAUUAAUGUCUCGCCGAGUGUCUGCGUAAUGUGUAUGUGUGUGCAAGCGCAGGAAAAAUAAUCGAUACCCUCUAGCGUCGGCCAUGUUUGUAUUGUUGCGUCCUGCGCCUGACUAACCUUUUAUGACCAACAGCUGGGUUAUCGUUUCUUAUACUCUGUUUGUCAUUUCGGCGCUGCAGUGACAGUCGAACGCCAGUUGUAACUUUUAUUACAAGGCUAUUAAUCAUCCGAAUCCUGUCGAAAAAGAUAUUUUGGUGUGUAAUUUGAGGUCAGAACACGUAUGGUAUGUUGUGUGGUGAAAUAAUUAGAUCCCCAAAUCGAAGUCCAUACGCUACAUUGUUGUCGUCUCUAUAUCCGAUGAUGACUGCUGCAGUUGUUGAAGACGACAAUUUGCUUGAAAACGGUCGUCUAAGUUAUGAGAAUCCAAAUUAUCAUCUUGCUGGGACGGGUCACUUAGCCCUGGAUGAUGCAUUGAAUUCAAACCUAACAUCAACUACUGAUUCUCCAGCUGGGUUCAAUUUGAAUGAUGACUGUAUAUUAUAUUCAGAACUUUUGUGUCGGGAAUUCGACACAGUGUGUAAUAUUAACACGGACAACAUUAAUAGAAAACGCUACAAAUCCUUGGAUUUGGGAUCAAUGGGCGUGGACGUGUUGGGCCAAACAGGAAAAAAUUGGAAUACAAACUUAAGUCGUAACGUGACAAGAGACAUGAGUAUUAUAAAUCAGCAUGAUUUAACGAACGUUAGUAACCAAAACCACCAAAUGCAAGUGUCGUACGUAAAACCAGAUUUAAUCGAAGAAUCCGAGCAAACAAAAUGUAAAGGCGGGAACAUAAACGAGAAACGCACGCCACCUAAUACUCUAUCUUUAAACAAACAAAAGGAUACAUCUAAUAUUAACAUGGAUAUACAACAUAUUCAAGGUGAUUUGAAUAAUGAUUUGUAUGCAGUUCCAGUGAAAAAUAAUUCACACGAAUGCAACGAUGAAUUGCCAGCCGGAUGGGAAAAACACGAAGACAACGACGGUCCUUAUUAUUGGCACAUUAAAAGCGGGACGAUUCAAAGGGAACCUCCUGAAUACAGUGGUAAAAAUGAACCGAAAACACCAUUGGUCAAAGAUGCAGAAUCGGUAUUAAAUAGUUUUCAAAAUAACACUGGAGGUUUAGUAAGUUCAGUGACUAGAAGUACGACGAGCUCAGCUCUCGAAAAUCUUUGUUACCAAAAGAAUAGAAAAGAAGACAUGGCUUAUAAACGAAGAAGUUAUCCAGCUAGAAUCGAAAAUGAAAACAAAGGUAUACGAUUUGCUGUGCGUUCUUUGGGAUGGGUAGAAAUUUGCGAAGACGAUUUAACCCCAGAAAGAAGUAGCAAAGCUGUGAACAAAUGCAUUGUUGAUCUAUCACUUGGGCGUAACGACUUUAUUGAUAAUGUCGGUCGAUGGGGAGACGGGAAAGACCUAUUUAUGGAUUUGGAUGAAGGAGCAUUGAAAUUAAUAGAUCCAGAAAACCUCACUGUGUUGAAUACGCAACCCAUACACACAAUUAGAGUGUGGGGAGUUGGACGAGACAAUGGCAGGGAAAGGGAUUUUGCGUACGUAGCUCGUGACAGAAUAACCCGCCGACACAUGUGCCAUGUAUUCAGAUGUGACAUGCCUGCUCGUACAAUUGCUAACACUCUUAGGGACAUUUGUAAAAAAAUCAUGAUUGAGCGCAGUCUCCAGCAGAAUAUUUCUAGAUCUACAGACAUAAAUACUGCAACAAAAAUGAAUCAACCGGUUAGACCAACGAACCUUCCACUGGAAUAUCGCAAACGUAGAAGUUAUCGGGGCAGUUACUCUGCAACCACCAACUUGACUCAAUCAUUCCCUACACCGAUGGAAGAACCACGUAAAGUCAUUCGAGCUACUUACUUGGGUUCGAUUGAAGUGAGCAAAGCAUCCGGGAUGGAUGUACUAAAUGACGCGAUUGUCGCUUUGGAAAAUUCUCCUACAUCGGUACCCCAAACUGUUACAGUGGCUGUAGCACCUUCAAUGAUUACCAUACAACAAGAUACUGAUGAAGGAGAUCAAAUGGUUGAAUGUCGAGUUAGGUACUUAUCAUUUUUGGGAAUAGGUCAAAAUAUAAAACAAUGCGCUUUUAUAAUGCAUACUACCCAAGAUCUGUUUAUUGCACAUGUGUUCGAGUGUGAACCAUCUGCCGGAACACUUUGUAAAACUAUAGAAGCUGCAUGCAAAUUACGAUACCAAAAAUGUUUAGAUGCACACCCUCAAGGUUUAAAUCCAAAUGCAUCUUUAUGUCAUAAUAUUGAUAGUCCAAAUGUAAAUGGCAUAUCAAGGAAAGGUAUCAGUUCUACAUUAAAGUCAUUGGUGGGCACCAUCACGGGUCGUAAAAUGAAAUUAACCCAAUCCUGAGAAGAAGUCUUCACGCUACAGGAAGAGUUAACAAAUCCUGGAGUGCGUGAAGUAAUACCACAUCGACAUUUGAAGUCUCCACACACUAUAAAAUAUUACGCUCUAUCGACCAGUUUACAGUCGUUAUUGUCACCAACCAUUGACAACCGGACCAUAAAUGACCCUUACUAAUUAUUUAUUAAGUCGUAAAAUUGUGACUAAUAAAUGUAAUCACUUAGGGAAACGAAGCAUAUGAAGUAACAUUAGUUUACUCAUUUUGAGAUACCACUUAUCUAAAUAGGUUAUAGAGUAUCAUAAAAGACAGUCUUUGAAUAUGUCGUAAUAUCAUGGGCAUGAUCUUUCUUGUCCUUCAAAUGCUGUGUAUUAUUAAAUAAUAAUGUAUAAUUAUAAAUAAAUAAAUAUAUAUAUAUAAUAUAUUAUAUACAUAUAUAGGG